UGAGGAAACCUGACUCUUCUGCGCAUCCACUGAAGUGACUAUGGGACUCCGCAUGCCCCUACAAGGAUUAGUGGGGCUGCUCCUGCUGUGUGCCCUGCCUUGGACUGAAGGUGAGAAGGUGCUAGUGUUUCCUGUGGGGGGAAGCCACUGGCUGAGCAUGAGGGAUGUUGUGAGAGAGCUCCACGCCCAAGGUCACCAGACUGUGGUCCUGGCUCCAGAGGUGAACAUGCGCAUCAAAGAAGAGGACUUUUUCACUUUCAAAGUCUAUGCCGUUCCCUAUACAAGACAAGAAUUGGAAGAAAUGAUGGAAAACCUUAAAGUGUUUUUUGACACAGGAAACUAUAUGAAGAAAAUCUUUAAAACAUCUGAGGCUUUGAGAAACAUGUCAACCGUUCUCUUAAAGACUUGUACAAAUAUAUUGCACAACGAGUCCCUGCUCCACCACCUGAAUUCCAGCUCCUUUGAUGUAGUCUUUACAGAUCCCGUGUUUCCCUGUGGGGCAUUGUUGGCCAAGUACUUAGGUAUUCCUGCUGUGUUCUUUCUACGAUACAUCCCCUGUGGCAUAGAAUAUGAGGCCACACAGUGUCCAAGCCCUUCCUCUUAUAUUCCGAACCUAUUCACAAGGCUUUCCGACCACAUGGACUUCCUGCAAAGGGUCCAGAACAUGCUGUACCAUCUGGUCUUGAAGUACAUUUGCCAUUUAUUGAUCACUCCCUAUGAAAGCCUGGCCUCUGAGCUUUUUCAGAGAGAAGUGUCCUCAGUGGAGCUUUUCAGCUAUGCAUCCGUGUGGCUGUUCCGAGGGGACUUUGUACUCGACUACCCCAGGCCCAUCAUGCCUAACAUGGUCUUCAUUGGGGGCAUAAACUGUGUUACCAAGAAGCCCCUCUCUCAGGAAUUUGAAGCCUAUGUCAACGCCUCUGGGGAGCAUGGCAUCGUUGUUUUCUCUUUGGGAUCCAUGGUCUCAGAGAUUCCGGAGAAGAAAGCCAUGGAAAUUGCUGAGGCUUUGGGCAGAAUUCCUCAGACGGUCCUGUGGCGCUACACCGGAACUAGACCAUCGAAUCUUGCAAAGAACACAAUUCUUGUCAAAUGGCUACCCCAAAAUGAUCUGCUUGGUCAUCCAAAGACUCGGGCAUUCAUCACACACUCUGGCUCCCAUGGUAUUUAUGAAGGAAUAUGCAAUGGAGUUCCGAUGGUGAUGAUGCCCCUAUUUGGCGAUCAGAUGGACAAUGCCAAGCGCAUGGAAACUCGGGGAGCUGGGGUGACCCUGAAUGUCCUUGAAAUGACUGCUGAUGAUUUGGAAAAUGCCCUUAAAACUGUCAUCAACAACAAGAGCUACAAGGAGAACAUCAUGCGCCUCUCCAGCCUUCACAAGGACCGUCCUAUAGAGCCUCUGGACCUGGCUGUGUUCUGGGUGGAAUACGUGAUGAGGCACAAGGGGGCACCACACCUGCGCCCGGCCGCCCAUGACCUCACCUGGUAUCAGUACCACUCCUUGGAUGUGAUUGGCUUCCUCCUGGCCAUUGUGUUGACAGUGGUCUUCAUUGUCUUUAAAUGUUGUGCCUAUGGCUGCCGGAAAUGCUUUGGGGGAAAGGGGCGAGUGAAGAAAUCACACAAAUCCAAGACCCAUUGAGAAGUGGGGGGAAGUGAAGGAGAAGUAUUAGUUCAUUAUCUGAUCAGUUGAAACUUGGAAACAAGUGUUAAAUCCAUAUUGUUUUUGUUAGGGAAAUAAUUCACCAUACAUUAUACAUUCAGCACAUUUAAAAAUAAUAAUAAUAACAAUCUAAUUGCUGGCCACACCCAUCAGGGAAGGUUCUAGUAUAUGUGAUGUGCUUUUCCAGUAUCUUCAGUCUAGACAACUCUUGCCAUCUGUUGGUAAUUUACAGAAAGUCUGGCACUCUGCUUUCAGUGACAGCCCCACAGUUUCCCCUGCUCCCGCCAGCUGACGGCUUUCUCCCCUGGAUUCUCAGACUGCCGUGGCCUUCUCCAGUGUUAGUCAUUCUUCAUUGUGUUCAUGCAUUAUGGGUGGCAAGACCUUUGGAGCUUUGGGAGAAGAGAUGAGGCUGUGACACUGAUGGCCCUGUGUUUGAGAUAAUAAUUGUUGCUUGUGCCGGAAUUUGAUGAAAACCAAAGUAUGUUCUAAGGCAAGUACAUCUUCUAUUGUGUUCCCAAACCAAGAACUUAUCAAUAAAUUCAUAUAAAUUGUAUCACUACUCUUCUUUUCAUUGGUGUUAUAUUUAUUUGUUGUCAAAGUAUAUCCUCUAAUUGUAAAAGCACUACAUGAUCAUGAUGCAGAACUUGAAAACUAGAACAGAUUCACACAGGUAUACAUACACACAAGAAAGGAACCAGCUGUAAUUACAGUGCUCAUGAAUAACCAUGGCUGCUGCCUAGUUUGAUUCUGAGUCUUCCAAAGGUGCAUUGGCUGAUGGCUUGCAGCCUUGCUGAUGCUCAGCCUGUGAUAUCACUGGGAAGUUGUGCAACCAUUAAGUGGCAGUCUAGUGUGAGAAAGCUAGGUCUCUGGAGGUGUUCCUUUGAAGGAGAUACAGGGAUAGAGGUACCUUCUCUUUCUUUGUUCCCAUACUAUCCUGAAACAAGAAGGUUCCCGGACAGUCUCUUUGAGUAUUCUCUUAUCUUACACAGGUCCCAAAGCAACAUAACCACAUGAUCAGGGAUGAAAAGUCUAUAGCUAGCCCAAAAUAAACCUUUGCUCAUGAGUUGCUACAUCUCAGGUAUUUGUUACAGUAACAUAAAGUUUAUUAACAUACCUAUUGUUUUGACAAAUACACAUAAAACAUUACAGACAUUCUGUAUUAGUCAGUUUUGCAUCAGCAUAAUGAAAUAACCAAAGCAAGUAAGUUAAAAGAGAGAAGGGCUGUUUAACUUAGAGGUUAUCUUGCUUUGGCUCAGUUCUGUGAGGGUAACAGAAGGUGGCAUAUCAAACAGGAGCAUGUACAUGAACAAACCAUGAAUUAUAUCUUGAGGCAGGAACAGGGAGCUAGAGUCUGGGCUGUCACAAUCCUCUUUGAGGAAGAUCUUUAAUGACCUAUGGGCAUUUUAAUAGGCCCUACCUGAAAAAAAAAGUUUUCCCUGCUUCUCAAUAGCACACACUGAAGACCAAGCUUUUAUCACAUGGCUCUUUGGGGGCAUUUCAGAUUCAAGCUAUAUAUUCUGACCAAAAGUUCCAAAAGUUCAUGUCCAUUUCGCAAUU